AAAGAACAAUGUGGUAUGCAAUUUAGUUGCGUUUUUGGGAGGUUGGCAUUCUCAAUUGCCUUCUUUCUCGUUAUAACUGAGUACUAUUGGACAUUGAAGAACGCUGACCAUAAACAUAUCUUUUCAAUAAAAUCAUAUUUAUAGUAAUAACUCUCGAUCUCAACGGGGAUAUUUACAAUGAAUAAUCUUAUAGUUAUUAGUGCUAUAUUCCUGCUUUUUGCCGUAGCGGAAAUUUCGGGAAUUUGCUGUGGUCGUGGAAAAAAUGGCUUCUGCAAAGACUGCGCUAAAGUUAGCAUAUGGGGACACAGGAAGUGCUGUGGUUCCGGUAGUGGACACGGGAAAGGAUGCAACAUAUUGUGCUGUAACUGUGGAUUAUGCAGAAAUGGACGUGCAUCGAUUACAUUCCUUUCUGGUUGGUUUUUGAGCAAAAAAUACUCUUGUAAAUUGAAAUUGGGAGACGAGGAGGUUCAACAAAAAAAUCAGGAAGAUCUGAAGAAUACCUGGGACGUGUUUAAUGAACUUGAUAAAGAUGAAGACGGAGCUAUAUCGCAAUCCGAGUUUCGUGAAGCAAUGGUUGCCAGAUUAUUGGACAACGAAUCCGGUCAACUAGUUGCUUCCCAUGUUUUGGACUCCAACAACGAAGAAGAUGUAUUGGCCCUUCUUGAUGUCGUUACCGAGCAAGACGGACAGGACUUGGAACAAAGCAAAGAUCUUUAUGAUCUUAUUAAGCAGGAAUUCCAGAAACUUGAUGCUGAUAACGACGGAAUGAUCCAAGCAGCUGAAUUUGACAAAGAUCUUAAAUAAACAGAAACAUAAGAAAACUUAUCAAAAUCUCUUUCACAUUUUGCAAGUAGCUAAUCUAAUUCAACUAGAAAUAUUUUCAACAUCAUGAUCUCUCAUUGUUAAUUUACUCAGAACCCUGAUAAACACGAUAUAAAUUAAUUCAUUUAAACUAAUUCAUUAUUGCAAUGAUAAACAAUGUACCUACACGUAGUUGGCGAUUAAAUACAGAACAUUACCAAAAUUUGCCAAAAGUCCAACGCGAGAAUCUGCUAUUUUCAAAUAUUUAUAUUCAAGACUCUAAAAACUAAAUAAUCCAAUAGUUCCAGUUAAGGCUCUCAGAGAAUAUUUUUAUUUUAUUUAAUCAGAUCAUUAGACACGAAUGAUGACUUAACAUGAUAGCGUUGCGGCCUUUUAAUUUGAACCAUAGUAAUAAAUCCCUUCUAUUGU